GCUAGUAAGUGUUAAGUGUCUGAGGCCGGAUUUGAACUCAGGAACUCCUGAAUCCAGGGCCGGUGCUUUAUCCACUGUGCCACCUAGCCGCCCCCGCAAAUUGUUUCUUACAAAAACAUAAGAUUUUAAAUAUGAUCAAAAUUAUUUAUCUAUAACAAAGAACUAAUAUGAAAUACCAGAACCUUUCUCAGUACCAUCAAAGGUAAUACAAAGGUCACCAUUGUCUCCACCAUUAUUUAGUAUAGUACUAUAAAUGUUAGCUAUCAUACUAUGCAAAAACAAAAUAAAAUAAAGCAAUAAUCUAGGAAAAAAGAAGUCAAAAUUAUAUCUUCAUAGAAAUAAAAUAAUAUAAAAAAAUAGGAAAGUCAUUCAUUGGUUGUGGGUAGGCCACAACAAUAUAAUAUAAAUGAUAGUACUGACUAAAAAAACUGCCAGUUUUAAUUCUGUAACAACCAAACUACCAUGGAAUUAUUUUAUAGAAUGAAACAAAAUGAUAUGAAAAUUCAUUUGGAGGAACAGUCAAGGGAUUCAAAGAAAAUAUAGAAAAAUUCAAGAACAAAAGAGCUCUGCUAUUAUUAGAUAUUAAACUAUUUUUAAAAGUAAUAGCUAUCAAAACAAAAUUUUAAAAUAAAAUCAAUAAAAAAGUAAUAGCUAUCAAAAGUUUGGUACUAGUUUAAAAAUUUAAAUAAUGUGUCAGUAAAACAAUAUAGAAAGGGGAAGCUAGGUGGCACAGUGGAUAGAGCACCAGCCCUGGAGUCAGGAAUACCUGAGUUCAAAUCCAGCUUCAGACACUUAACACUUACCAGCUGUGUGACCCUGGCCAAGUCACUUAACCCCAGUUGCCUCACUAAAAAAAACAAAAACAAAAACAAAAUAUAGAAAAUGAAUGCCUAGAAGGAAAUUGCAAUAUUCAAUAAUCCUCAAACAAACAAAAACCACUGGCAUUUGGCAGAAAUUAGAUCUAGACCAGCAUCUUAUAAAUCAUAGUAAGGUUUAAAUGGACAAAUGAUCUAAUAUAAAAUAUUGCAUCAUAAAACAAAAGAUUAGGAGAAUGUGAAGAAAUACUUUUCAUAACUAUCCUGGUGGAGGAGAGGGAAUUCAUAAAUAAAGGAAAAAGGAUAUUAUUAAAAACAAACAAAUAAUUUUAUUGUGUAAACAAAAUACUUUUUAAAAAACAAAAUCAAUCCAACUACAAUAAGAAAAGGUAAAGAUAGGAAGGGGAAAACAAACCCCAACUUUUCAUGAACUGUCUCAGAUAAAAAUGUAAUGCAUAGGUUUGUUGACAUAAAUUCUAAGACUUCCAACAUAAAUAUAUGGCUAGCAAAAAUUCAUCUAUAGACUUGGCAGCCAUCUCUUCCUCCUCUGUCAUGGCCUCCUCUGUGGUCGGCAGUGCCAUGUUUGGGCAGAGCUUGCAAAGGUUCUCCACCUCCUUGGUUCGCAGGAGCCACUAUGAGGAGGGCCCGGGGAAGAACCUGCCCUUUUCAAUAGAAAACAAAUUGUGGUUGCUGGUAAUGGUAACUGUGUACUUUGGAUCUGGAUUUGCUGCACCUUUCUAUAUAUUAAGACAUCAGAUGCUUAAGAAAUAAGAUUCUCCUAUACAGGAAUCAGAUUUAAAGAACAAGAACCACCUGUAAAGGGCACUUCCUGGGCAGAGCCAAGAUGGUGGAGGAAAGGCCCCCGAACUCAUGACAUGAUCACUCCAAAAAACAUCCAAAUAAGGUCAUAGGAAAAUGUCCAGAGCAGCAUAA